AUGGCAACGCCCCGAGCGGGCGCGAGCGAGGCGACCAUCAUGUUCCACAACGAGCCGUGGACGGCCGAGGUGGCGCGGCUGCUGCUGGAGGUGGACGAGGGCUGGGUGGGCUACCGCGGGGACGCGGCCUGGAGCUGGCACGACGAAACGUACACGGCGUUCGUGGCCGUGUGCGGCGAGCGCCAGUGGCCGGCCAACUCGCAGGGCGCGUGCAUGGCCAUGCUGCACGCGCUGCGCACGGGCGCCAUCAGCAUGAAGCUCAGCAGCGCCACGCGCAGCUCCGACGGCUGCGCGCAGUGGUCGCUGGUCGAGAUGCGCGAGCUGGGCGCCCAGAUGCGGCGCGUGGUGGACGGCAAGGUCCCCACGGCGCGCUGGGCGGCGCAGCUGCUGAUCUUCGUGGACGCCAUGAAGGGCAAGGACGCCAGCUACAGCAUCGAGGACCGCACGAUCGAGGAGUUUGCGGUCCGGGCGGGCAAGUUCCUGCCCGAGCCGAUCUUGCGCUUCAUCGACCCGAACGGGGACAACGGCAGG